AUGGAUGGUCGCGUCAAGGCCUCGAGGUUGGCGAGAUCUACACCCUUGGUUUAUUUGUCAUCGAAACUGGCUGCUAAAUUGAAGCUGGUCAACUGGAACGCAUGCUCACUCAAGAGCAAAAUUAUCGAAUUGGGACUCUUUCUUGAGGAGAAAAGGAUUGACAUUGCUUUCAUCACCGAAACUCACCUCAAACCUGAGGUGAACAUCAACAUACCAGGAUUCCGCCUGGUAAGACGCGAUCGACCGAACCUCAGAAGGGGAGGUGUAGCUAUUGCGAUCAGGAAUAACAUCAACUGUCAACUACUACCGAGUUUUCAACUACAAUUAAUCGAAGCUGUAGGAGUGGAAAUAACCACAUCUGUAGGCACCAUCACCUUCAUCGUGGCAUACUGCCCGAAACAAGCGUCAGUUUCUCUUCGGCAAGACAUCAUCAAGUUGACUCGACGGCAGGGUCAGUUCAUCAUUGCUGGCGACCUAAAUGCGAAACACCAAUCCUGGGGGAACUUGAGACGAAACCAAAACGGCGAAAUAUGGAGCAACGAUGCAGAUGAAGGGCAUUAUAUCAUCCUGGAUCCAGACGGUCCAACACGCUUGAAUCGUUCCGGCAUCCAUGCAACAUUGGACCUCUAUAUCACCAACACGAGCAAGAUCAUUCAAACGGUUGUCUAUCAGAAGCUCAGCUCAGAACACUACCCGGUGGUGAAUGAAGUAGGCUCCUCGGUCAAUCGAUCUGAGUACAGCCGGCGCAACUAUCAUCUGGUCAACUGGGGACGGUUUCAACAAUGUGUUGACAACAACAUGAACUAUAGUCACCAUCCAGAAACGCAGUCAGACAUCGAUCAUCAACUCCACUCCAUUGUAGCUGCUAUCUCACAGGCACGUCCACAAUAUGUACCAGCUUCUCGUAUGGAAGCGGCUGUUAGAAACAAUCCGAACAACCUACUGGUUCCCAACGACUUUUCGGAGGAGUUGGAGAUCACAGCUCAUGAACCGUCGACCUACAUUAAAACAUCCAAAAACAUGAAGGCCCCAGGUUUCGAUAACAUCUUAAACAUAGAACUCAAACAUAUGAGCUUCGAGUUCUUUAAUCAUCUUGCGACGAUCUUCAACCAAUGUCUUCGAUUUAGCUACUUCCCCUCGUUGUGGAAGUCAGCUAAGGUCAUACCCAUAAUGAACCCUGGGAAAGACCCUUCUUCUUCUAAAAGUUAUCGUCCCAUCAGUCUUCUCUCGGGGUUAUCAAAGCUUUUCGAAAGGGCCAUCUAUCGACGUCUGCUUGCAUCUACCGAGCAACAUAACAACAUCCUACUCGAUGAACAAUUCGGUUUUCGACAAGGACGAUCCACUGUCCACCAACUGACCCGCGUCACCAACAUCCUCAAAUGGAACAAAUCCUUGUCCAAAACAUCUGCUAUGGCUCUACUCGACGUAGAAACGGCCUUCGACAACAUUACUCUACUUACGUUGCUCAUCGGAAGCUUCGAUCACAUUUCGGCUACGGGAUCAUACAGCGACAAUGCCAUCGAGGAGCAACAUCGAGUCAUCAACGAGAUGAACCAAAACUUUACCGAUUUGGAGCAAGCCAGUGAAAAAUUGAUUGAUCUCGGUACUUUCGUGGGACGACAUAAAGUUCCACCCAAAACUGUCAAAAUUACCAAUACCGUGGCAGUUAAGGUUCCUGUACCAUAUCCCGUUCGGAUUCCACAGCCUAUACCCAUUCCCAUUCCAGUUAAUAAACCGAUUCCAGUACCUGUAACGAAAAUUAUUAAAGUAACAGAGACAACUCCGGUGAAUACAGUGCCCAGCUAUAGCACCACGGCACUUCAGAAUUUAUUAGCUUCCCCAACGGUCAGUUCGUUCAGCAGUAGGUCUUCCAACUCAAAUUCUCAUCUACUGACAGAUGAGCAAGAAGUUUCUCAUACGGAUCACAAUGAGCAUAUCCAUGAGUUCACUCGAUCGUUUCCCGUGCAUUCCGUUUUCAAUGUCGGAGCGGAUUAUAACCCUUAUAUGGGAAACCGUGCUGCGUUAACAAAGCAGGCUGCACCUGAUUCCGUGUCACAACAUACUCAUUAUAGUGAACCAGAACAGGCCCACAGAGGGCGCAGUACCAACAUUUAUAGUUCGAAUUCAAUUCCAGAGAUUCAAACUAAUCAUGAACCGCGAAGUAGAUACCGUGUGUACUAUACAACCGAACAAUCAAUCGAGACUCAUUCUUCCGAUGGUCAGGAAUACCAUAAGAUUCACCAAACUCCAGAAGAAGAAGUUAUUUCCCAUUCUUACAAACAUCCAAAAUCUGCGUUUUAUCCAAAAAGCUAUGAAAAGUAUCCCAAACAAAAAUUCUCUAGACCUUCGUAUUCCGUUCCUCCCACAACCCCUACCUUCAGUGCGAGUGAACAAUCAAGUAAUGAUGAAUAUCACUUCGAGAGACCGCGUUAUGAAGAUCAUCAAAUCAAAUCUUCCCCUCCAGUUCGUCAUUUUCAAACGGUGAAGGAUUCCUAUCCUCAAUACGAACAUCCAGAUUUCAAACAAUAUCACUAUCAAAAACCCAAUCAAGAAAGUUACAGUUAUUCCGAGAAGCCACAUUAUAAAUCUGAAAAAUACUCGGAACACUAUACUAAACCAACUCCGAGCAGUUAUACCAGUGCUAACCAUGACCCAGAACAUAGGGAAGUGGAGGAAUCGAAAGAUUCUGCCACGCAUUAUAGGCAAUAUGAAUAUCGGGAUCAUGCUGAACAAUACGACGAACAUAAGUCCCCAACCCAACAGUACGAAUCUCGUGAUCAUGACUACCGAAAACCAAUCCAUAAUGAGGAAACCUACGCUCACGCUGAGACCAGAGAGCCCCAAUAUACUCCAAAUGAAUACAAAACAUACUACGCCAACCCAUCUCCGGUUUCCGAAGCUCUGAGUUACACAGAGCAAAGUGAACGACCCCGCGAAACAAGUCACAAACAGUACUACGAAAAACCCGAAAGUUACCGGCCAAAUCCGGAAAAAGAGCACCAAACCCGAUACUCUUCGAAACCCAACACCCUUGAGUAUAGCUUCCCAAGCGAUUCUCACUUACAUCCAACCUAUUCCGAAUCAUCUGCUCCCAAGCAUCCUCAAACCCAUCACUACUACGCUUCCACCCCAGAACAUCCUUCGUUCGAUGAAACUCACGAAUCGGAACACCAUAAAUACUACCAUCAGGCGCAGCACAGUCCCAGUCCUGCUCCGUCAUCACACGAACCAACGUAUCACCACGGGGAACCCGAGGAAGAAGACUAUCACCAUUACUCCUCCCACGGUGCGCACCAUCGUCAUCAGCGCGAAUCGGGAGACAUGCAGGGAUCCUCCUCGACUGAUCACGAAGCCUACGAACGAGCCGUAGAACGCGAUUACCGGGCGGCCUAUUCGAGCAAGCAUAUCGAGUACACCCAUGAGCAUCUCCAUCAUCAUCAUCCGGCAACCACGGACGGAAGGAGUUAUUAGCCUGGGGGGCAAACCAGUUUCCUGCGGGCUGUGAUUUAAUCGACGGUGUACCUUAUUAUACAAGUUACCAGACGUAAAUAGCACUAUUUAUUAUUUUCGUGCGUAAUCUCCAUGUCGCUCACACCUGCGCUUCACCUGCUUUAUAUUCUUCAUCGUGCAAAUUAUGAAGAAAUUGUUAGAUUUUCAGUUCGAUGUCGCCCUCCAUCCACAAUGACACCUUGCCUAUGAUUGUAGUACAUAGCUUAGGAGAACUGGUAUCGAAGUGCAGAUGUAUUGUUAACUAGUUGAUAAACCGUUUGCGACUAUUGUAAGAAAGUAUGCGAAUU